CAUAAACUUAAUGGAGAACACGCAUGCUAAAUUUGGAAUCAAAACAGUUUCUCCUUAAUUUCUACAUUUUUGCAGAGAAUAUAAAAAUACACUAUGGGUACAGUUCCAGAAAACAUCAAGAGAAACGUCAGAGCUGUACUUCUGUCAAAAGUUGGAGGAAUUCUAGUCAGUGAUUUUUCAAGAGACUACAAGAACUUGCUUAAAGAGCAACUGAAUUGGAGACAAAUUGGAUUUGAUAACAUGAAUGAUCUGAUUAAAGCCAUGCCAGAAGUUGUGAGGUUAGAAUUCAGUGACAAAGAUAUGGCCUACAAGAUGUUUGGAAAAGUAGAUCCAAAUUCUUCCUAUACACCACUUGCUGCCAAGUUAGCUGCUGAAAGUUCCACUGAAGGAAAGGCAGAUAGGAGGAGAAAUAAUUUUGGUAACACGAAUAACAACAGUUUUGGCAACAUGAACAGUAGUAAUGCCAAUGGCGAUGAUAAAUAUGGUCACUUUCAACCUAAUAUGAGAGGACAUUAUACACUGUGCUAUCCUAAGUUCAAAGAAAAUGAUGAUGUCACGAAAGAGAACCUAGAAGAAAAGUUUGGUGUUUAUCCAGGAUUAUUUGAAGUGCAUAUGAUUCCCAGAAUGAUUUUUCUUCGAUACACUAUAAAAGAAAGUGCCAUAAAAUGCCUUGAAAAGUAUCAGGGAGAAUUAACAUUGAGAAUUGCAGAGGAAAAAUGUGCAAAGGGUCCAAAUCAACCAAGAGCCCAGAAAAGGGAUGAUGAUUUUAUUAUAUCAAAGAAAAAGUCUGAUAAUACAGAUGAAGACAAUGAAGUAUAUGUUGGGAAUUUAGAUAAAUCUGUUACAGAGGAUGAUGUCAGAGAACUUUGUGAAGAAUUUAAACCCACUGAUGUCAGGGUUAGAAAAGCCAGAAAUGAUGACAAAAAAGUAUUUUCAUUUGUUACCUUCAGUGAUAACAGUAGUGCUCAGAGUUGUGUACAAAAAUUAGAUAGCCUUGAACACAAAGGUCGCAGAUUGAACUGUAGAAUUGCAGUAAAAGAUGGCGGCCAACCAAAACAAAAUACAAGGAGAGAAGAGUCAGGUGGUAAAGUAUCAUGGGGGUCCGGUGGAGGACAAAGUUCUGCAAGGAGUGUAAUUGUAGAUGAUGAUGAAUCUUGGGACAAUGAAAACAAAAGCAGCAGUACAAGUAGUGCCCAGCCUUCAUCUACAUUUUCAUGGAAAUCUGCUUUGAACCAGUCAGAUGAUAGUGCUCAGAAAACAUCCUCAUUUGGACAGACUUCAUCAUUUGGGCAAAAUUCAUCUCCGCAGACUUCAUCAUUUGGGCAGACUUCAUCUUUUGGACAGAAUACAUCUCAACAGACUUCAUCAUUUGGGCAGAAUUCACCAAAACAGACUUCAUCUUUUGGACAAAAUAAAUCAUUUGGGCAGAGUUUAAGUCAAAAUUCUUCUUCUUUUGGAAAAGGAUCAGAGACUUCAAACGGAGAUUCAGAAUCUGCUACAGUUUUUUUUGGCAAUCUUCAUUCAAGUAUUACACAGGAAGAUUUAGAAGAUCUUGUGAAAGAAUUUUCACCAACUCAGAUCAGAUUUAAAUCUGAUGGACGGAGAGUGUUUGCUUUUGUUGUAGUCAGGUCAGAAGCAGUUUGCAAUGAGUGUAUAAAUAAAUUUGAUCAAAUGGAGUGGAAAGGGAGAAAAAUUGCUUGUAAAAUUUGUACCGAAAACAAACCAGAUAAACAGAAUAAUGCAAAGUCAGCUUCAUCAGGUGGUAAUAUGCCAUGGAAAUCUGGUGGGGAUCAAAGUUCAAAUCAGAGUAAUAGAAGUCAAAGGUUAAGUAAUAAUGAUGAUGAAUCAUGGGAUACUGACAAAAAUCAUAAUGAUGUAAGUGCUAUGUUUGGUAGUCUGACAAUACAAACUAGUGAAAACGUAGCUUCAACAAGAAUAGUUUCUCCACCAAAUAGACAACAAAGGUCAGGGUUACUUCAGGAGACAUCACCUAAAAGUUUCCAGCAGAAGUCACCUAGAAGUUUCCAGCAGAAGUCGCCUAAAAAAUUAAAUCCGUCCAAUUUAGAACAAUUUAGUCGAAGCCCCAAAAAACCACAAAUGCCUGAUUAUUCUGGCAUGCCACAUUUAGAACCAGCUAUGCCUCCCCUUGAACCAGCAAUCAUAGAUGAAAUGCCUCCUUUGGAACCUUUUGAUGAUGAAAUGGAGCUAAUUGAAGUGUUUGUUGCGAAUUUUCCAUAUUAUGAAACACAAUAUGAUUUGAUGGAAAUAUUUGAACCAGUUGGAGCUGUAGAUAUACAAAUGAUUAACUCUAGCAACACAAAUAAAACAACUGCGGCAGUUGUUUACUUCCUGGAUCAAGAAACAGCAGAUAAUGCCAUACUGCAAACUCAUCAGGAAACGUACAAGGGGAGAUUACUCUGGGUACAGAUAUAUGAAAAUGAUCCUAAUAAAAGAAGCAAUACUACUGAAACUUUAAAUUUGAGUAUAUCUGUCAGAACAGGUGCUGGUGGAUCUAGAUGUGUCAGUUUAGAUCAAAACACACACAGAAAUAAUCCCAGGGAAAAUAAACACAUGAAAGGUGCAGAAAGUAUGGAUUCAUUGAAGUCUUCUGGUUCAACUGGUUCAGUAGGAAAGUCAUUCCGAAAUUUAAUGGUUACAUACAAGCUAGUUAUGAACAAGUUGGGAACUCGUGUUCGAGACAUUGUGUUCAAACCGUAUGAAGAAAUUAUAGUCUAUAUCACUUCAGUAUUUGACGAGAAGACUUUCUGGGGACAGGUUAUUAAGGAUGCAAAUGAUUCAUCACUAGAAGAUCUGGAAAACAUUAUGGAGCAGUUACAACAGCCUGAGAGUAGAAUAGGUUUCACAAAAGGUUUAGGAAGAUGUACUGCUAAGGUGGAUGAUGAAUGGUAUAGAUCAUGGAUAAUAGCCGACAGGAGAGAUUUUACUAUAGAAGUAUUUAAUGUAGACUAUGGAACAACAGCUGUAGUUAGUAAAAAAGAAGCAUCACUCACUGUACCUGAAAUCUGGGAUUUACAACCUCUUGUUCGACCAUUUAGGAUUAAAGAAGGAUCACAUAAAAUGGAAAAGAUGAUGGAACAGUCAUUAUUUAAAGUGAAAGUGACUGCUACCAAUGCUGAUGAAACCAAAAGUGAAGAAAAUUCUUCUUUGCUUGGAGAAUUUAAGGGAUUUUUAACAGAAGUAGAAGUUAUAGGCCUUGCUGAAUAGUUUUAGAGACCAUCUUAAGUGGAUCCUAAAUAUGGAGGUUAAAGGCCUGAAAAGCUCAUUAGUUUCAAUCCUAAAGCUAGAUAGACCAUUAAUGAUACAGAUUGAGUUCAAUAAGAGAAGGAAGAUUUUGCAGAAGUUUGAUGAAUUAGUGGUUGAAAUCUUAUUGACUUGUGGAACUAUUUUUAAAAAGUUUUAUAUUGUUAUUUACUAUCAGUUUAAAGCUGUUUUCUGUAAUGUUAGCAAUUUCAAGGUUUUGUUGGCUUGCUUGCUUGGUUUGUAUUAAUGUUUGC